AUGGUGAAGAUCGGGUGGUUGUCACCGAAGAUCAGACACACCAGUUGGGUUGUUGAUAGUGGAGCUACUACUCAUGCUACUUCGCAGCGGGAUUUGUUCACUACCUAUACUCCAGGUAGUUAUGGUUCUGUGAAGAUGGGUAAUGAUGAUAUUUGCUUGGAGAAUAGUGUUGGUACUAGACUUUUGCUUAAGGGAGUUAAGCGUGUCCUAGAUAUUCGGUUGAACUUGAUCUCUACAGGGAAACUUGAUGAUGAGGGUUUCUAUAGUCUAUUUAGAGGAGGUAAAUGGAAACUCACAAGGGGUUCCAUGGUUAUGGCUCGAGGCGAAGGUCUCCAAAGACAUUGUUAA